CUUUUUGAAACAACAGUGAUAUGUACUUAUUUGUACGUAUUUUGUAACUCGCUAAAAAGUGCAUUUUAGCCAUUUAUGCCAUUAAACCAGGUAGUUAUUUGUCUAUAUACUUACACACGCAUGUAUUUCAUUAUAUUAUAAAUAAACAUAUACAUUUUGAAUACACAUUAUAUGAAUAUAAAUACAGACAUGUAAAUACAUUAAAAUAUUUUUUUUCCCUCUGUGGGGUUUGUGAAGUUGAAAGGGACUGGUUUCUUGAGAAGAGGUGUGCUUGGCAUUUAGCAGUGGCAGAGAUUCAGUUGUGCCCCAUUAUAUGUCACGAGACUUGGCCUUUUCUUACACACACCCACUCCUUAACCCAACACCCCCUUAAAAAAACAUCCUCAAUAUCUGUUGUGAGCGUAAGAAUUGGGACUGUUCUAUUAAUUUAUCAGAUAUUAGAAGCAGGGAAUGUGUUGUAUCAGUUAUAUCCAUUGCUUCUUGCAAUCAAUGACAACAUAAACAAACCAGGACAAAGAGAAGGGAGCAAAUUUUCUGAGAAAAACAAAUAAUUUGGAUGGUAUAGUAAAAACAAAAGGCAUGGAUAAAUCAAGUGUUUAAAAACCACUGAUGACAUCAACAAUCAACAACAAUUUGAUCAGGUAAAAACACAACAGCAGUUGAUGAAAGACAAAUCAUAACAGCUGUAAAAAAAAUAAAAUAAAAUAUGAGUCUGUCAAAUCACCAACAACCUCAAGAAAGCUUGACUUUUGCUCUGACAAUCUUCUGUCCACAAGAGACUUCACAGCACAGAGUGUACACAGCAAGAUGCAAACCUCUGUCCAGAAUCAAAAAUAGAAACCCAAGAUUAGAGUUCAUGAAAAAGCACAAAGGUGAGCAAGUAGAGUUUUAUUGGCAGAUGAUAAGUGUGAUGAUAAAAAGAUCUAAGCGAUAGCAAAAGUGUGGAGAGAAAAGGGAACUGCAAAUUAUCCAAAGCAUACCACUGCAUCUGUAAAACAUAGUGGAGGUAGUAUCACGGUAUGGUCAUGCAUGGCAUUCUCUGAAACAGGCCCUCUCAAUUUUAAUGAUGUUCGAUGACAGUAGCAGAAUGAAUUUGGAAUGGUAUGAAGCCACCUUGGCUAAUACCACCAGACUAAGUGUUUCAUAUUGCUUCAGUACAAUGAUCCAAAAUACCCUGCCUGUUCAGCCAAGGGGCUUAGCAGUGCAAAUAAAUGGAUCAUAGUCAAAGAUUGCCAAAGUCAGUCUCCAAUUUAAAACUGAGUAAACAUAAAAAAAGCUCUCCUAAACAAGCAAAGAAUGGAAUUGGCUGGAAUUCAGUAGUUUUGACUCAUAUUAAUUUUUGUUUUAUAUUUACAGAUGUCUUGACUACACCGUAAGCAAAGCAAUUUUAUUAUUACUGUCCUAAUACUUAUGGAGGGCACUGUAUAAAAUAAUAAUAAUAAAUAAAUAAAUAUAAAAAUAAAUAAAUGCAAGAAGAAAAAUUUUAAUGCUGUAUUAUAAUAAUAAUAUAUUAUAUUAAUUAAUUAGCUAUUAUAUAAUUAUAAUAAUUGUAAUUAUAAUAUCAUAAUCAUAUAUAAUUUUAUUAGUAUCUAUAUGAACAUGGCAACAAGUGACAUGAUCCAGUUUUCCCAACUGGGGUGAUAGUAUCAUAGAAACACCUUUCAACCACAUAUUAAAAAGGUGAGAGCAGGUAAACGUUUCUUCAGAGUAAGUAUUUAGGUAACACUGGGUACUUGACUGUGACUUCAUUGAGCAACAUAUGAAUCAAAUCUUUAAAGCAAUAAAUCAGCUAACAUUUGCAGUAAGUAUGUGUUAAUUUACAUAGUCAACUAAUACUAGGUAACUACCAAAUAUUUCCUAAUUUUACAACAUUUUAUAUCAGAUUACUUGAUAUUUCUGUUUACUAUGCAAUAUUUCAGUAUUUCCAUAUUUUUGUUAGAAUUCUGAUUAAUUGUGCUUACAGUAUAUUAGCACAUGACAAAUAGUGUGGAUUGUUUUAUCUGUUCAGACAACAGUCAGUUAUGUAAAAUGUCAUACAUAGACACAUUUACAUGUGCACUUCAGCUCAACAAAGUCAUAGAAUCCAGAAUAUCUGGGUGAUAUACACUUUACUUCCAUAAGUUUAUAAACAAUAUUUCUAUGUCCAUUCUUCAUAGGACAAUGCAGUAGUGUACACUAAAAUGUUAUAAAUGAAUAUGAUAUGUUCAACUGUUAUUGCUUGCAGGUUUUGUGUAGGAAAUGGACAACGUAACAUUCAGACACAGUAUUCUCAUAGUGGAGGGACUUCAAGUUACACCUCAGUCUACCUAUGUUGUUUUCACAUUUCUUCUUUUGGUAUAUGUCUUCAUAAUGGUCUCCAAUAUUGCACUUGUAUUCCUGAUCUCAACAGAGAAGAAUCUACAUCAUCCUAUGCAUUUCUUGUUCUGUAACUUGCCACUGAAUGAUAUAUUAGGGACAACUGUAAUUUUGCCACGCUUACUGCAAGACAUUUUAAAAGAAACAUCUGAGCGCUAUAUGACAUUUGUGGAGUGUGUUGUUCAAGCAUAUUUUGUGCAUAUAUUUGUUGCAGCAUGCCAUUAUGUUCUAAUAAUCAUGGCCUUUGACAGAUAUGUGGCUAUAUGCAAUCCACUGCGAUACACAACUAUAAUGACCAAUAAAAUGGUGGUAAAAUUAUCAGCAUCUGCCUGGGGGCUGUCAGUACUUAUGGUGACAAUUCUGAUAGGACUUACAGUGCGACUGUCUCACUGCAGAUCAAAAAUUGAAAAUCCUUUUUGUGACAAUGCCUCACUGUUUAAACUAUCCUGUGAGGAUGGUGUCGUUGUUAAUAAUGUCUAUGGAAUAAUUUAUACUGUGGUUUUAUUUUCCUUCUCAAUUCUGUCUAUAUUCAUAACAUAUGGCAAAAUAGCUAAUGUAUGCAUAACUAGCAAAAACAAAGCACUGAACAGCAAAGCCAUAAAAACAUGCAGCACCCAUUUAGCUGUUUAUUUAGUCAUGCUAGUUUCUGGCUCCACUUUCAUUUUUCUCCAUCGUUUUCCUCUCUACUCUGAGAGCAGGAAACUAGCAAGUAUAAUGUUCCACAUUGUACCACCGGGGCUAAAUCCUUUAGUAUAUGGUUUACAAACUAAAGAAAUAAGACAGAAGUUUUUAAAAAUUUGGUGCAGAGAAAAAUGA